AGGCAUUCACGUGAGAGACAGCACAGCACGACGAGUUGUGACAACACAUAAUGACGCCUCAACACAUAAUGAGCAGGAUGAAGUUACAUCAGCGUAAUGCGCGACGGUGCUCGAGCGUAGUGCUCAUGUCACGACGGCAGUGGAGGUAUCCAGUGAUGGCGACCAGUACAAGGGCCUUCAGUAGCAGCAACAGCAGUAGCAACAGCACUAGUAGCAGUCCAGACGCCAGCCCUCCACCAGAGGACCCGUUCGAUCGGAUUCAGCCUGACAAACCUGAAGAAGACUGGUAUGGCCGAGUAAGGCAAAGGCAUCAACGUUUCUCUGAUGACGGGACUGGUGUCGAAGAUUCUACUACGCCACGUGACACGUCUGCAAGCAGUAGUAGUGACAGUUCUAGCAUGACCAGCACUUCAUCUUCCUCUUUCCGAAGUGGCACAAGGUCUUCUUCUAGGCAUGAGCGUCGGGAAAAUUUGGGUUUUGGUGAUAAGGAACCGGAGUAUAAUCUUGGGCGUGGCGGAGAUACACAUACAACAUCCUCUUCUUCCACAUCACAAGAGGAAAGUGGAUCUACUUUCUCAAAAUCAAGUUCCUCUUCUUCCGAAUCUGAGUACGCAACACCUGAUGCCGAACACGACGGGCACGAACAUCGUCGACAUCAAGGUCAAUCCCCAGCAGUAGAGGAGAAGUUCGAAGCCAGAAAGCAUUUCGCCUUCGACUUUUAUCCACACUGGUAUUUGGGUCACAUGUCGAAGGCGAGAGUGGAAAUCAAAAAAAGGGUGGAUCGCGGCGUGAAUCUGUUGCUGGAAAUACGGGAUGCGAGAGCACCGUUUAGCAGUUGUCAAUAGUAUGUUGAAAGGGAUAAAAAUGAUUUCGAUCCUGAGUUGAGGAUCAUCUAAGUGAGUGUGAAUUUCGUACGUCGAAGAAAGUGAAAGCAAUUUAUUCCCAGGCUUCCCAUCUAGACUUUGUGAUCAUGGUAAGUUUAGGGGGUCAUUUUGAUCGACAUACAUUAUCGAUCAUGUUGUUUCAACAAGCUUCUCUUUUUUCGCUUUCAACUUUGCGAAUUGCUAGAGGAGCUGGGGUUUCGACGUGAACACGAAGAGCGCCUCCAUCCUAUACCGGAAAACGUCGCGCGUCGCAAACUCAAGAAGCUGACAAUCUUCAACAAAGUGGACUUGAUAAAAGCCAGCGACGCAAGGCGGAUUUUGGGUAUCAUGCGGGAGUUGAGGAAACCGGCAUUAUUGAUCUCAGCGCAGGAACAUUAUGGAUCCUUUCUUGAUCAUCGUGUCACGAAGAAAUAGUCUUUUUCUAUCCGUAGGGGAGCCUUUCCCGUACAACUAGAGCAACUUCCAAAGUCCCCUCCUUCCUUCAACUAACAGCAACUCUAAUAUAUCGAUGCUCUAUCUGUCUAAAGCUUAGUAAAUCUCUAAGACUCAGUAAACAUGCGAAGAAUCCGAGAGUUUGUUAUCGAAAAUUGCGAUGUAAAGCAUCCAACCGUUGGGCUUUGGAUGAUGGUAAUUGGGAUGCCCAACGUGGGAAAAAGCACAAUCAUCAAUGGGCUGAAGCAAGAUGCGUGGAUUAUGGCAACAGGAAAUGUAAGACUUCUCUGCGCCCACCCCAGCUGGUGCUCUGGCCCUUUGGCCGAAGACUUUGAAAAGAAAAAUAACGUGGUGUUCGUGUUAGAGUACACCAUGGAGGGACCUUAUUAACUUUCUACUUGAAGUCGAGGUAGUUCGUACUGGGUGAAGAAAUUUUCGAAUCUUCUGGUAUCAAUUUCUCGAAUGUUGUCUAGUUACUACAUUAAUAGAGUCUGCUCUCUAACCUCCACCUCUCCCAACUAGACCCAAGUCUCACUGCUGGCGUCCGGAUGGAUUACCAAGCGACGACGAACCCUCUACCUGGCACGACGAAGCAUUGUAAAUUAGGACCACAAGAAUAAAUGCAUCGUCCCAAGAAUAAAUGCAUCUAAACAAGAUUGUAUCUCCCAAGUAGAACAAGCAUCUGGAGGAGCCUGCCGUUUUUGAAUGUUUCUCAAGGGGAAAGAAACGGGCACCAAGAUGCUUGUAGUGCAGAUGGAUUCAUGUUACAGUUCUAAGCAAGGGACAGAGCACUUUUGCGAUCUCGAAAAAGCCGUUGAUCCAUGUGAUCGACUCACCUGGCAUGAUGCUUUUGAAAAACGUCGAGAACCUAGAACGGCAGACGAAUCUGUGCCUUUUGGGCUGUAUGCCAGACCACAUCGUUGGCGAAUUCUACGUGGCUGACUAUCUUUAAGGCUUACAACUCUACUAAUCUCUUUCUAUUUUGAAAAUAGUGCAUCUUGCAGGAGCGGAAAAGGACAGGCUCAAGAUGAAUCCCCAAAAUGGGAUUUUUUUGGGUCGUAUGUAAGCUCUAAUAUCUCUUGUUCAAGCUGAACCAAUUAGGCAAUCACCGCUAUGCUCAAGUCCUCGACUUGCCGGACAAGAAACCGACGAACAGUAUCGACUUAGUCGUGCGCCACGUCGCGCAGAUCAUGCAACCUGAGUUGCCAAGUAUCGAUUUACUCGCCGGUGUGCGGUGGUUUCUGAAGCUGUUCAGACAAGGACACUUUGGCCCAGUGAUGCUGGACGAAUUACCAAAAUCUAACGAUGAAGUCAUGCUAGGAACGAAAAGGGUAUUUGUGACUGAGCCGCCUAAUCCGUGGACGGAGAAGUACAACAUAAGAAGGUAUCAGUAAAACUAGAAGAUGACAAAAAUGAGAAAUAGGAGAUGUGAAGGUGGUAAAAGGAUAUCCAUUUUUGUGUUUCGCCGAGAAGGUACUUGCCAG